CUUUUGAAUUUGUGGCCUUGGCCUGCACAACAUAUCGAGCUACAGAACUGACUUGAGUUGAUACAGUGAAAGGUAAUAAUCAGUAAGUUCAUGUUUAUCCCCGCCACCUUGCUUGGUCUUGUCUGCAUCCCGGUGGAGACCAUAGCACCACUGAUGUAUUGAGAAGAUCAUUAUCAUGUCAAAAUUGUAGCUUUUAAAUCCUUUUGAUUUUCAUUUCUCUUGUCAAUGAAAUCGAGUUAUGUGGCAAAUUGAAAUUCCCUAUAAAAAAAAUAAAAAUAAAUCCGUGCUAGUACUCAGCGAUAAUCACGCCCCUUUCACAUAGUCCAAACCCGAGCUUAUCUACUUAUGUGGGCCUUGCAUGAAGCCCCUGGAUCUUUCUCCAACCAUUUUGUUAUUGUACAUGUUCAUAACAGGGACUUCGAUAAAGGAUCAAUAAUGCGGCCCAGCCUGUGAUUUUGAUGCAAUUGACACGACACUGCCCAAUAACAAGAUGGCAAGUAGUAAAUCCUUUUUCAGUCCGGAAAAGGGGAAAUCCUUGAAGUCCAGGUUUGAAGUCCAGGUGGAGACAUGUGUUUGGACUUUGAGAAUCUUAUGGGAACAGCUGGGUCUACCUUGAGUUCCUCUGCUCCGUGAAAGGAUAUUAUAAUGAUUACACGUUUAUGCUGGCAUAUAUCUUUUGAUGUGUACUAACAUUUUUGGAUACUCGAGAGCCUAAUGCUCUCUCCACUUACCCUGCUUUUGGCUUGGAUCUUAGAGGAAAUGAAAAAGACAGGGCUGAAACAAACAAGACAUGGGUUCUCAUUCUUUUUUCAUAUAGCAGACAGAGGUGAAUAAAAAAAUCGAUCAAAAGGCGAUAGCUAUCACGUCUGCUUCUUCAGCCAUGCUAGCAGGGGGCUGCUUUAGUAUGGAUUUGUAGCCACAAAUUGGGUUUAUUCUUAGUAUCUAUAAAAGAAGAUGUUCCUGGAAAAUAACCAAGAUAUUCAUGUGAGGAGUGGCAGGAAGUGCUGAUUUAGUUUCAUAAUUAUAAUGCGACUUAAAAUCCCCACCGUUCAUGAACACAAGACAAACCUCCUGCUGUCAUCCACCUCUUCACAUUUUAAUAAUGAAUGCAUCUCCUUUUCCUCAUGAAAGACCAUUACCACUUUCUUCCACUAGCAUUUUCUCUAUAUUUUCCUAUUAUUCGCCGUAUCUGAGCUACUCAACUCUCUUCCAUUAAAACUUUCUCUGUAAUUUCCUCUUAUUCGCAGGAUCUGAGGUUAUUCAGAAAAUGGUUCAGUGUUUGUCAAAGCCGAAGACCAUGUUCACUGCAAAACCCUCUCCUCUGGGUGCCUUCGUUCUGGUUCUCAUCCUCUGCAUUCUGGGCUUUUAUACCCUGUAUUUCCCUCACUCUUUUUCGCCCUCUUUCACUUCCCAUAAUGCGUCUCACUUCCGCCAAGUUUUCCUUUCCUCUUCCUCAAAUUCCACCAUCGCCUCCUACCUCCGUGACCUCACCCUGCACCCGCACCUCGCCGGAACAAAACUUGGCUCCGACACCGCCCGUUAUGUUCUCGACCAUUUCAGAGACCUGGGCCUUCAGACCCACACUGUGAACUACAAAGCCCUCCUCUCUUAUCCCCUCCACUCCUCCAUCUCCGCGCAUUUUAGCGACGGAUCCUGCUCGGAGUUUCCCUUGGGUGAAAUGGUUCGAUCCAAUAAGUUUGACGAGGACGUGGUGCCACCAUACCAUGCUUACUCGCCAUCUGGGUCGGCGUAUGCGAUGGCGGUUUUCGUGAAUUAUGGGAGGGACGAGGAUUACCGGGCGCUGAGGGUGCUAGGAGUGAACGUUAGCGGAUGCAUAGUGUUAGCGAGGAAAGGCAGCGGUUUGACCAGAGGCGCCGUGGUGGAGAAGGCGGAGACGUACGGUGCAGUGGCGGUGCUAAUAUAUACCGAUGGGGACAGGUUUGGAAAUGGGUUUGAGAGGGGACAUGUCAUGAGAGGCAUUGGGGACCCACUAAGCCCUGGGUGGGCUGGGGUUGAUGGCGGCGAGAGCUUGGAUUUGGAAGAUAGUGAGGUUUUGAAAAGGUUUCCCAAAAUUCCAUCCAUGCCCCUUUCUACUGAGAUUGCUGAGACCAUUUUGCACUCACUAGUAGGCGCUGAGGUGCCACAGGAAUGGAAGAGUUCGCUAGGGUCCAAGGUACUCAGGCAUGUUGGUCCUGGCCCGACAAUGCUCAAUUUCACGUACCAGGGGGAAAAGAAGGUGGUUGGCAUUCAAAAUGUUUUUGCGGUUAUAAAGGGAUCAGAAGAACCCGACAGACUUGUCCUGCUCGGUAACCACAGGGAUGCCUGGACUUAUGGUGCUGUAGACCCCAGCAGUGGGACUGCAGCCUUACUUGACAUUGCUCGGCGAUUUUCUCUUCUAUUGCACAUUGGGUGGACUCCACGAAGGACAAUUAUCCUCUGUAGUUGGGAUGCAGAGGAGUUUGGAAUGAUUGGAUCCACUGAGUGGGUGGAACAGAACCUAAUCAAUCUUGGUUCUAAAGCGAUCGCAUAUCUAAAUGUAGACUGUGCUGUGCAGGGAUCUGGUUUCUUUGCCAGCUCCACUCCUCAGCUUGAUAGUCUCAUCCUUGAGGUUUCAAAAAAGGUCAAGGAUCCUGACUCCACGAGUACAACUGUAUAUGAAAAUUGGGCAGCUGUUAGUGGAAAUUAUAAUAUUUUGAGGCUCAGUGGACUGGAUUCUGAUUUUGCUCCCUUUGUGCAACAUGCGGGGGUUCCAUCUAUUGAUGUAUAUUAUGGAAGAGAUUUUCCUGUCUAUCACACUGCUUUUGACUCCUACGACUGGAUGAUACAAUAUGGAGAUCCGUUCUUUCUGCGCCAUGUGGCUGUAACUGGAGUUUGGGGACUUUUAGCACUUCACCUGGCUGAUGAUCUAAUUCUUCCUUUUAAUUACCACUCUUAUGUAGAUCAGUUACAGGUGUACAAGAACAGGCUGAGCAACUUUUUAGACCAAUCAAUCUCUCUGCACCCAUUAACUGCCUCGAUACAAGACUUUGCAUCAGCUGUCGAAGAAUUUGAUGAUGAAUUAAAUGCACUGAGAUUGCAAGAAACCGUUGAUUGUUCCAUGCAUUUAAAAAGGCGAGCUUUAAAUGAUAGAUUAAUGCUUGCUGAAAAAGGCUUCCUGGAUCCAGAUGGGCUUAGAGAAAGGAACUGGUUCAAGCAUCUUGUGUUUGGACCUCCAAGAGAUCAUGAAAGUAUGAUGGAUUUCUUCCCCGGAGUUGCUGAUUCUAUCGCUUGCUCGGCCAGAAGUGGUGAAAAAGAAGGGCAGGCAGAUAUUCAACAUGAGAUCUGGAGGGUUGCCAGAGCCAUCAAAAGAGCUGCUUCAGCACUGAGGGGAGAGUUCAUGUAAAAUCUAUGGGAAGCUUCAACCUAUGUGUGGGUUGGCCCUUUCUUUACUGGCCAUUGAAUGAGUCAGCCCUUAAGUUUUGUGUUCUUUUUCAAUUUUUUCUUUUUUGGCUGGAAAGUAAAUGCGAGUAGUUUAGAUUA